AUGGUGGUAGAUUUGCAAGUGGUUUUGGGUUAUGAUAGAGUGUAUACGGUAGAGCCAGUCGGGUUGAGUGGUGGAUUGGCAUUGAUGUGGUCACAUAAGGUGAAUCUGUGUAUCAAAUAUGCAGAUAAGAACCUCAUUGACGCAGAGGUCAGUUUGGGUGGAGUGAACUUCUCUAUGUCCUUUGUAUACGGUGAGCCUGGAUAUCGGGGCAAGGAGAUAGUAUGGGAAAGACUGAUGAGAUAUGGGGUGAAUAGAAAAGGAUGCUGGGGUUGGGUGGGGGAUUUCAGUGAAAUCCUACACAACGGAGAAAAGAUAGGGGGUCCAAGUAGGAGUGAGGGAUCUUUCGAAAGUUUCAGAGACUGUGUGAGGGUUUGUGAGAUGGUGGAGCUUAGUGGUUUUGGUGAUGGGUUUACGUGGUCAGGAGUGCGCAACAAGAAAUACAUACAAAGUAAGCUUGACCGCUGUUUUGGGAAUAAAGAGUGGAGGUGUAAUUUUUCCCUUGCAGUCCACGUAUUUAUGGAAAGAUUGGGUUCAGACCAUAAACCGGUUUUGGUGCGUCUGUUUGGGCAUCAACCGGGACCUCGAGGAUGUUUCAGGUUUGAUAAGAGAAUGGUUGGUAAACAGAAGGUACGGGAAUGCAUUGUGGAGGCAUGGAACAAUCAGAAUGGAAAUAAUCCGGGAUCAUUGGUGGAACGCUUUGGGAAUGUGCGAAGGAGUUUGGGGAGAUGGAAGAGAGAAAAUGGCAUAAAUUCAAAGGAGCGACUGUGUGUUUUGCGGAGUGAUCUAGAGGCAGAAUACUCAUCUGGAUCUCCUGACUGGGAAAAAAUAAAAUAUCUGAAAUCAGAAGUGGCAAAGGCAUUUCGAGAUGAAGAAGAAUACUGGCGCCAAAAAAGCAAAGACAAAUGGCUAGUGGCAGGAGAUAACAACACCAGCUUUUUUCAUGCCUCCGUGAAAGACUCAAGACAGAAGAACCAACUGUUGAAACUAGUAAAUGAGACGGGGCAGGAAGCAACAAAUGUCAACGCAAUGGGUCAAGUGGCUGUGGAGUACUUUACUUCUUUGUUCUCUACGGGGGAUGGUGGAGAUCUCUCGGAUAUGCUCGAUGGUUUCACUGCGAGGGUUACAGCGGAGAUGAAUGAAAGAUUGACAAGGGAGGUUACUGAUGUGGAGAUUCGUGAGGCAGUGUUUGGUAUCAAAGCGUCGAGUGCACCGGGUAAAGAUGGUCUGAAUGGACUUUUCUUCCAAAAGUAUUGGGACAUCAUUGGGCCUGAUAUUACUAAGGAGAUAAGGACUUUCUUUACAACGGGUACUUUUCCUCAGGAAUGGAAUGUUACUCAGCUAUGUUUGAUUCCGAAGGUAAUAAGUCCAUAG